AUUUAUAAUAUUUUGUAUCAUUUUAUCACAAUAUAGUUUUUGUGUAUUCUUGAAACAAAAAAAAAACGAGACCAGGUUUGUGGGUUUUUUUGCAUUUGAACACAAAAUUUUUUUUUUGCAAUUUGCAAUUUGAAAAUAAAUUUCAGUUGAAGAACUUUGGUUAGUGUUGAAUAAUCAGAAAUUGUUUGGGUGAUAACAUAAUAGUAGAUCUAUAAUAUACAUAUUCCAGAAUGCCAGCAUCAAUUAAUAAGAACAGAAGAACGAAAAAUAAGAGUAAAAAAACAACCAAGAUAAGCAAAACUACAAGCAAAUCGAUAUCUACAAAGAAGACAAAGAAAAUAGAAAGAAAUAAAAGAUAUAUUAAGAAGCAAAAUAUUGAAGAAAAAUUGUUGAUUGACAUAGCAGCAGAAAAGGAAAAAAGUGAGAGUAAUGGAGAACUAAUGGUUGAUGAUGAAAAACAGGAACAUUUGAAAAUUGAGUUGUAUAAGUUGAGUAAGGAAAACCAAGAAAAUAAAUUAAAAAAUAAAAUCAGUAAAAGUUUGAAAAAUGAAAACACACAAGUGAGAAAGGCAUUAUGGUCUGUUGUUGAACAGGAUGAUAGAUUUAGUGGAGGAUUUGAUGGGAAUUUAGAUGGAGAAGGAACAACAUUAGGAGGACCAACCUUUUUUUGAUUAUUUUUGAUUAUUUUAAUUUUAAAAAUUCUUAUUAUUAAUAAACAUUGACAUUGAAAUUGAAAUUGACAUAAACAUAAACAGAGA